CUGUACGAACUCCAGGAGGGCGGCGGACUUCUCUUGAGACCUUUCCUAUCGGGCACUUUCAGUUAGAAGACUACCAGCGUUACCAGGGAUCACAUAUUGACUGGCUUUGUAGUUAGAAGGCGGUCUGCCUGCAACGCCAAACGAUCUUCCAGGGCAGGCGCUAGCCUCCAUCGACUUUGAGCCCUUCUUCAAACUCUUCUAUACAAGCAAGAGGCCUGAGCCCCAUUCCCGCCCCUCCCUCCCCACCCCGCCCCCACCCUCCCAUCCCGCCCGCCCGUCCCCGCCCUACCCUUCCUUCUGCCCAUUUCUAUUGUCCUCCCGAGCAGACAGUGCUUAGGGCUACUGGACACUGAGUUUUGCGCUUAGGCGAAGCACUCUUCUUCGUUCUUAAAUUUUGGUCAGCAUCAACCAGCCAAAAUGUCGGACCAGGAGGGUGCUCCAGCAGCAGUUCAAGAAGAACAGCCGCCUCAGGAACAGCCACAGGAGCAGCCGGAGACAGCUCCCAGCGCUCCUGAUGCUGCAGGCGAUGACUUGGCCCUGCCUCCUCCUCCUCCCAAGCCCGCAGCUGACAGCAAGGAGCGUGGUCGUGCAAGCUCACGUGAGCGCAAGCGCCGCAGCAGCCGCAGCCGCUCUCGUGACAAGACUGAGAAGAGGCGAUCCCGAUCCCGCAGCACAUCUCGCGACCGCCGUCGCGGCAAGGACCGUUCCCGCUCGCGCGAGCGCGCUAACAAGGACCGUUCUCGAUCACGUGAACGCCGCCGGCGCAGCAGCCGCGAGCGCAGCGGCCGCUCGCGUUCUCGCUCACGCGAUCGCACGGGUGCAGCCAAGCGCUCUCGUUCCCGUGAGCGCCGGCGGUCUCGGUCACGCGAGCGCAGCCGGCGUGACAGCCGCAGCAGCGAGCGCGGCGCCAACACCAUCCCCGGCCUGGGCGGCCCGCUUCCCCCUCCCCCUCCUCUUCCCGACCACCUAGCGGGCGGCCCCCUGCCCGGUCCGCCCGGCCUGCCCGGCUCCUCCGUCCCGCCCAACAUCGCCGCGCUGCAGGCCCAGCAAGCUCUCCAAGCCCAGCAAGCCCUGCAGGCCCAGCUCCAGGCUCAGCAGGCCCAGCAAGCCCUGCAAGCCCAAGUCCAGCUCCUCACCGCACAGGCCAACUCGGCAGCCAUGCUGGGCGACCGCCGCGCGCGCGAAAUCUUUGUGGGCAACCUCAACCGCGGCCUGGUGUCCGCGGAAAUGCUGCGCGAGCUCUUCAACGCCGUACUCGCCAACAUGGUGCCCGACCCCAUGGUCAACCCGCCGGUCAUCACGGCGCGUCUGGAUUCCUCCGGCAAGUACGGCUUUGUGGAGCUGCGGUCUCCGGAGCUGGCUGCUGCCGCCACGCAGCUGCACAAGAUGGAGCUGUGCGGCAAGCCCAUGACGGUGGAGCGCGCCAAGGGCUACACGGACAGCCACUCGCACCUCAACACGGCGGCGCAGAAGAUGCAGCUGGCGCAGGCCUUUGCGCAGCAGCUGGGCGGAGCCGCAGUCCCCGUCGCUGCCGCCGCCGCACCCAUGGCCGUCCCCGUCCCCACCGCCCCCAUCUCCCUCACCAACCACGCCCCCGUCCUGGGCAUGAACCCCGCCCCCGUUGCUGCCGGCGCCGGCGCCGGUGCCCCCACCACCGUCGUCCUGCUGGAAAACGUGAUGAACGUGGGCGCGAUUCGGAACGACCAGGAGCGCCGGGAGCUGCAAACGGACGUGUAUCAGGAGGCGUCCAAGUUCGGAACCCUGACGGGCAUCACCAUCCCCGUGCCGCCGCCGCAUGUGCCCGACACCGAGGCCUGCCGCGUGUACCUCAAGUACACCACUCCCGUGGAUGCACAGCGCUGCCAGCAGACCAUGGAGGGUCGCAUGUUUGAUGACAACAAGGUGCGCGCCGUGUUUGUGUCGGAGACGGACUUUUACCGGGCGCAGGCCGGAGAGUGGCUGCCGAGCACUGCUGCCGCUGCGCUGCCUGGCUACCCGCGUUAAGAGGAUGUGGGGGCGGAGAAAGAGACUAGGGGUACUGGGCACUGGUGUUGAGGUGGGGGGUUUGAAGGGAGGCGGGGUAUGGGUUUUUUGAGUGCCGGUGGGUGGGAUAAGGAAGGAGGGGUGGUGGGGGUUGAUGCGGAUGGAUGGUGAGGGGAGAAGCAAGACGACUUGGGAGUGGCGAGGGAGCAGAAGAAUGUGUGGUCGCAGGAAUGAAGUGUCCGCUUCCAUUGUUGCAGUUUGGGCGGUAAGGAAGGAGGCACGCAACUCGCCGAACCCGUUGAGGGAAGGGGAAUGGGCGACCGGAAGUCGGCUGCUUAGAUUCCCGAAAGCCUUUUCAUUUUGGCAGCGCCCGCUUGGAACGGAGCAGGCCGUCGUUUCGGGGUCCUGCACCGUCCGUGCGGCUCAGAUGUUUGUUGUCCGAAACAGACCUGCCCUUGGCAGUCGUGCGCACGUUUGCAGCUCGUCUAGUAGCACAGCUGCUGUAGCAGUGGGGCUGAUGGGAGGUGAGUUGCGCUGAGGUCGACUAACAACGAUAAGUCGUCAGUCGACACUGUUUGGUUGCACUACGGAUUGGCUUGGCGGAAGAAUCACAGCGUUUGUAACUGUGGACGACAAUU